CAUAAUUUAUAAUUUUUUUCCCUUUUUCUUGUUGGCUCAACUAGCAUGGAUCUUGGUAGCCCUGAACAAGAUCCUGAAAUGAAGGAGGAAUAUUCUUCUGUCUAUGUUGGCAGAGAAGAUGACAUUAAGAAAUCUGAAAGGAUGACAGCUGUUGUCCAUGAUAGAGAAGUGGUCAUUUUCUACCACAAAGGAGAAUAUCAUGCUAUGGAUAUUCGCUGUUACCACUCAGGAGGACCUUUACAUUUGGGAGAAAUAGAGGAUUUUGAUGGACGACCGUGUGUAGUUUGCCCCUGGCAUAAAUUCAAAAUUACUUUGGCAACAGGAGAAGGACUCUAUCAGUCUAUAAACCCUAAAGACCCAUCAGCAAAACCCAAGUGGUGUUCCAAAGGAAUAAAGCAAAGGAUUCAUACAGUGACAGUGGACAAUGGGAAUAUUUAUGUGACUCUUUCUAAUGAACCUGUUAAGUAUGACUCAGAUUUUUAUGCCACUGGAAACUUCAAAGUAAUUAAGAGUCCUUCCUGAUAAAAUUAUAUGGCAAUGAAAAGUGUGUAUGUUUUAAAAAUAACCUUGCUUCAAUACCAAAGAUGAUUACUUUUUUCCAACAUAGGCACAUUAAUUAUCUUUAAAAAUCAUACAGUUCUGAAAGUUUCAAAAGCAUAAGUACUGAGUAUGAAAUCUAUAAAAUGCAUAGGCCUGGUAUGUGCACUUAAAGAAGGAUGAAAGUAAUUUGAACUAAAAUGAAGAAAAGGUAUAAAAUAAGAUCUAUUAAGAAAAAUUGAGGUGGUCCUUGACAUAGCGGGUUUUAUUUAUCAUGGAAAAGUUGAAUAUAUGCAAAGUAAACAGAAUUAUAUAAUAAACUCAAAUCACCCAAUUUCAGCAA